CUCGCCCAGCCGGGAGCGCCGGUGAUAGGACGAGCCCCGGGCGUGCAUUGUGUAUAUGCAAACCAGAGCCCGGUUCCCCAGGUCUGCCCGACCCCGGCCGGGGCUGCGGCUGCGGCUGGCGCUGCCGUGGGCGCCGCUGCCCUCGCCCGAGCCCCGCACUGCCAUGCUCCCGCCGCGCGGCGGGCCAAUGCGUCCCCGAGUCGCUAUAUAAGCGCAGGCCAGGGGACACCCGGAGGGGCUGAAGAUGAGGGUGCCCGCGCAUGGGACCCCGCCGAUUGCCAACCCCUUCCGAGCCCGCGCCCCGCGCGGAGCCCACGGCCGCCGAGGACCCGCCUUCGCCACAGUAGCAGCUGGGGCUGCGACAGAGGCGGUAGCUGCGGCGGCGCCCGUCGCGCGAGCGCGUAGAGCAGCGGCCGCAGCUCCGGGGCCGCCGCUGCCCCGGCUGCCAUGAGUUGUGCGGAGGUGAUGUAUCACCCCCAGCCGUAUGGAGCGCCCCAGUAUCUGCCCAACCCCGUGGCAGCUGCAACCUGCCCCACAGCCUAUUACCACCCGGCGCCCCAACCUGGCCAGCAGAAGAAGUUAGCGGUAUACAGCAAGAUGCAGGACUCUCUGGAAGUCACCCUUCCCAGCAAACAAGAGGAGGAGGAGGAGGAGGAUGAGGAGGAGGAGGAGGAGGAGAGAGACCAGCCUGCCGAGAUGGAGUACCUUAACUCUCGCUGUGUCCUUUUCACUUAUUUCCAGGGAGACAUUGGGUCAGUAGUGGAUGAACACUUCUCAAGAGCUUUGGGCCAAGCCAGCACCCUUCAUCCAGAAUCUGCCAUUUCAAAAAGCAAGAUGGGGCUAACCCCCUUAUGGCGAGACAGCUCAGCUCUCUCAAGCCAGCGGAGUAGUUUCCCGACUUCCUUUUGGACCAGCUCUUACCAGCCCCCAUCUGCACCCUGUUUGGGGGGAGUUCAUCCUGACUUCCAGGUCACUGCACCCCCUGGCACCUUUACUGCCGCUGACCCCAGCCCCUGGUCAGGACAUGGGCUGCAUCAGACUGGCCCCGCCCCUCCCCCUCCCGUGUCCGAGUCCUGGCACUACCCUUUGGCAUCUCAGGUGAGCCCGUCCUACAGCCACAUGCAUGACAUGUACAUGCGGCAUCACCACCCCCACAUGCACCACCGCCACCACCACCACCACCACCACCAUCACCACCACCCUUCUGCUGGCUCUGCCCUGGAUCCAUCCUAUGGGCCCCUGCUGAUGCCGUCUGUGCGUGCGGCCAGGAUUCCCGCUCCCCCGUGUGACAUCACAAAAACAGAUCCGACUACAGUCACCACUGCUACCUCAGCGUGGGCCGGAGCCUUUCACGGAACCGUGGACUUAGUGCCAAGUGUGGGGUUUGAUACAGGUCUACAGCAUCAAGACAAGAGUAAGGACUCACCAUGGUACUGAAACACACAGUAUUAGCAAGUUAGAUUGAAGCGUGAAUCCAUGGGCCCACUGGGAAAAGAUGCUGCCAGGGUUUGUCAUUCUGCAGUGGGACACAGUAGACAUGGAAGGAAAAGAGGAAGUGUUAUCCAGCUGACUUUGGUUUGGAGCCUUUUCUUGAGAAAGCAGAGUGGGUCAUAGACAUUGAAGAAAAGCAUUUUUGUUCAUUUUUUCCCUCAUCUGAGCCUUUGCCAACUGUGCAACUCUCUUAUUUUUUGUCUUGCUUUUAACAAUACAUGGUUUAAUUUUUGUUUCAGUUCAACACUUUUUUUGAGUUUUUUUUUUUUUUUUCUUUUUGAACCAACCACCUUGUCAGGAAAAGAUGGACCACAAAGAAAAUGAUCAUUCUUUCAGGAAUACAGUUUUGUA